UUUUAAUACAUUUAUCGACUAAAUCUGUCGCAGUCUUUUAAGAUCCGAAAAUGUUAUUAAAAAUUAAAACCAAAUAACCAUUUUAAUACAUAAAAUGAAUUAAUUUAAUUAAUAAUGAAGUGUGUACACAUUAGUAUACGUAACGCAGUUGUAAUUUUAUUAUGUUUUCUUACACAACAUUCUCAUAUGCUUGAUAAUGAAAUGGAUGUUUCUUCAACGAAGCGAGAUGUUAAAAACAUUCCUGCUGAAAAAAUCAUACGCUCCAGAGAAGAUAAAAUUAUUCCAUGCUCUUCAUCAGAAAGCACACCUUGUACAAAUUUAAACGCUGUUUGUCUUAAUUGUAACUUUACAAAUUCUUGUAUUUACGGCGAAAAAGUAAAUGUUACAUGUAUGGUCGAUUCUUAUAUUAAAUGUAGUGGAGAUCGUACAUUUGAAAAAACUGUAAUUUGCCAAUAUUGUUAUCAAACUGAACGAUGGGAACAUAAUUGUGAAUUAAAAGCGGAUUGUCACUCUAUAUUAAAAUCGAAAAAUACUUAUCAGACUAAUUGUACAGUUCGGGAUGAUAUAGUUUGUUUAGGUGAAAGAACUUUUAAUAAAAAUGUUCAAUGUAAUUGGACUCGUGGUUACCGUUGGACAACUACUUUAGCAUUAAGUAUCGGACUUGGUGGAUUUGGAGCUGAUAGAUUCUAUUUGGGACAUUGGCAAGAAGGAAUUGGUAAAUUAUUUAGUUUUGGCGGAUUUGGAGUGUGGACCUUAAUCGAUGUGAUAUUGAUAUCUUUGCAUUAUUUAGGACCAGCAGAUGGUUCUUUAUACAUUUAAUUUGGAAUUAGAAAAAAAUUGUUUUUAAAAAUAUAAUGUAUUUGUAACGUAUGUUUUUUUGUACAUUUAUAGUUGUUUUGUUUAAAUAUAUCACAAAUACCAGUCUAUAAACAUCCCCAUUAAAUAUAUUACCUACUUAUUAUUUAA